AUGCCUAUCUUGUUCCCCAACCCACCCUCGCCCGAGUAUGACUCCUCCUCUCCCUGUCUCUGUCAUCCCUCUCUUGUUAAUCCAAACCCCGUGUCGGUGCUUCUCUCCGACCAUCUCGUCCAAUCUCAGACCCACCCACCCACCCACCUACCCACCACGGACCCUUUCCCCCCCCAAUCGCGCGCCAAUCCAAUCCGUCUUAGCGCCCGCUCGGCUCAGUCUCCUGCCGUCUCUGCUUUUCUCGCGGAGUCUCAAUCAGCUCCCGCAUCUGGUUGCCCCCAGUCCCAGACCCCCACAACCGUGCCUGGUCUCUCCGCCAACCGUGCGCGCGUCACCACGGACAUCAAGGGACCAGGCGCUCCAUGCGCCACGGUGCGCACUAGAGGCUGGCGCGCGGAGCGGCGGCCCGCCAAACGCGGAGCUCCGUGCUGCGAGCUCCUCGACUUCAAGGACGGGCAGGGGCGUCCUCAGCGUCCCGUCUUCAUUAACACAGGCGCCAACGCGUGGAUCCUCGUCGUGCCCACUGGCGCCUUCCUGAACUUUCGAGCGGCAUCUCAAGCGGGUCUCAACGGGUGUGGUCGACGCGCGCUUGCCCUCGCGGAGGGUGCCGGUCCCGUCGAUGGCGCCGUCGCGCUUCUCCCGGUUCGCAGGGUGCCCGACCUCAUCCAUUCUUCCUCCGCGUCUACCCAACUCGCCCGGUAUCUUGCAUUCUGCAUUCGAUUCAGCGCGUCAAUCCGCCUGGCAUCUAGCUUCUCCAAUCUUUCGCGUCGCUUCCUGAUCCUGAUCUAUGAACGCACGCUCGACCCACGGCUCACGGCCGAAGCCGAACUCGAGUUCGCGAUCCACGCACUUGACGCCCGGGCUUCGGCUGAGGGGUGGCCACGAGGUGCUUACACCGCGACGCUUGUCCACAGCUGGAGGGCCAUCAUACAGGUGUACGUCGCUCUAGCAGCAAGCGACGCGACCCCGCAUGUCCGUUCUGCGAUCGGACCAGGAGAAGCAUAUCUCAGUGCCGAGCUGGGGCCUGCUGCUCCUUUACGAUACGAUCUGCCCGCCCGCGUAUCGUGA